CCACAGGAUAAAGCCCACCUGUGGCUAAUGAGCCAGGAGCCGAGGUCGGCCGGUGAGUCGGAGGCGCCCAUCUGGGGAGCAGAAGAGGAUGACAUGACCCAAGGCGAUCUGGGCUAUGGCCUCGGGGGACGACCUGGUGGCAUUUACCAAGCAGAAGGCUCCCAUUUGCCCACGUCCAGGAAGAGAUUCAGCGGGAAGCCCCGUGGCCCGCCUCCAUUUCCAAGCCAGGGGGAAGAAGGCGGCGGAGCCCUCUGUCAGCCUUGCAGGCAGGGCAGCCUGCGGGACGCGUGUCCUCGGGGGUGCGGAGCCUCCGGUCUCGGGAGACAGAGCAGCUCUGAUUCUAAUUCAGAAUUAUCAAAUGAAGAAUUAAGGCAACGUCUUCGUGAAACUUUAGAGGAAGUAGAAAUUUUAAAAACUGAACUUGAGGCAUCUCAGAGACAACUUGAAGGUAAAGAAGAAGCACUGAAAAUUCUUCAAAGCAUGGCAGUACUUGGCAAAGCUACAAGUCACACGCAAGCAGCACUUCAAAAAACUAUGGAACAAAAGAGAUCCUUGGAGAAGGAAAUCAAUGCCUUGCAGUGGGAAAUAGAAUUUGAUCAGGAUAGAUUUAAAAAUAUAGAAGAAUCUUGGAUCCAGAAGUAUGACAGACUAAACUGUGACAAUGCUAUCCUCAAAGAGGAUCUGAAGCUGAAAACAGAAGAAAUUAAAAUGCUCAAGUCAGAAAACGCAGCGUUGAAGCAGCACUGCUCGGAAGCCCUGGCCGUGCUGGAGAUGGAAGAGCAGAAGGCGUCUCGGGAGAGCCUGUGCCCGGACCAGGCCGGCGUGACGGGAGUGUCGGGGCUCGAGCGCGCAGUCCUGGGAGCCUGCCCGUGUGCUGGUCCUGGAGGAAGCCCCUGUCCCUGCGCCAGGAUGGCCGCAUCCACUCGGAAACGGGUUCUGCAGCUCAGACACGAGUUGGAACUUCUGCAGAAAAGCAAAGAAGAAGCUUACAUCAUGGCCGAUGCGUUCAGAAUUGCAUUUGAGGAACAAUUAAUCAGGAAAAAUGACCAGGCACUGAGAUGGACACAAAUGGAUAAAAUGUGUAAAAAGUCAACCAGAAGGACAAACUGGAAGCACGUGAGAGAAGAUGUAACAGGAGGCUCGCCACAGAGAGCGAAGAAGACCCUCGGGCAGAAGCUGUUGGGCAUGCUUCCUUCAGAACGCACUGCUAGGACAGAGGACCCGGACAGUUCUCAACAAGUCUUUGCGAUGCUGACAGACUUGCUGAAUGAUAAAGAAGCAGCUCUGGCUCAUCAAAGAAAAGUUAGCUACAUGCUUGCGCGGGCCCUGGAAGAGAAACACACCGCCUCAAGAGAGGACAGAGAAAGCAAUCCCAGCCACGAAAACUUCGUGCUCACAAACCUCUGGCAUAAAACUUCUGAAUUUCCUGUUAUACCCGACUCGAUACAUCCGUAUCUCCAAAGUCUCCACUCUGCCAGCUGUGUUCGUUCCAUCGAGCAACCUGGAACAGAUCCAAACCUCUCAAGAACCCUUAGAAGGUCCCGUUCUUUGCCAUCGAGCCUCCUGUUUUGAAGAUGAACGGGUGGCGUCUGAAGUGAGAUCUGCCAGCGUUUGGAGCCCGCGGAGCUGGUGCGGCUCUGGAGUAGAGCGCUUCCUAACUGA